UCUCUCCCCGCAGACGCGCUCCUCCGGCCGCGCGUGAGGGAGCCGCCCGCGCACGUGCAGGUGGACCGCUGGACUGAGAAACGGGCCCUCUUCGGCGUCUACGACAACGUGGGGAUCCUGGGAAACUUCCAGGCUCAUCCCAAGGACCUGAUCAGAGGCCCAAAGUGGCUACGAGGCUGGCGAGGGAACGAGCUGCAGAGAUGCAUCCGCAAAAAGAAGAUGGUGGGUGAUCGCAUGUUUGACCAGGAUUACAAAAAUCUUGUGAAGAGAAUCCGGUUCCUGUACAGACGCUACAACCACACCAAGUUGCGUCACUAGGAUCGGCCUUGCAUUCCACCUUUGUCCUGGAGGCCAGGAUGGCUUCUUGGGGAGAGCUGAGGGAAUGUGUGAAAGAUGUGUACAAAUCAGGUAGUUUGUAAAGCCCUCAUAAUAAUAAAUUGAGUUUCUUUUCUACAA